GCUUCCAACGAACUCUGGGUCCGCUGCGGCCGCGUGGGCCCGACUUUCGCGAGAGGGCGGCUGAUACCCUCCGGGAGAUGUUAUCGCUCCCUCCGCCUGCGCCUGGCCGUUCUAACAAGGGGCGCCAGCCAUCACGGGGGUGCCUUGAUUUUGUUCCACCUUGGUCCGAUGUAUUUCAGUUAACUUAGUAACGACGGUCCGCCUCCCCAACCAACCGGUGCACCCACCUCCCUGGGUCGCCAGUGCCACCCUGCGGCGACGGGCGGCAUGGCCAGCCCAAGGCGCGCAGGCGCACUAGCCCCAGCGGGGCUUCCGUGUCUGCGCCCUGGGACCUUUUUGGCGCCGGCCCCGGCGCGAGCGGGGACGGCGGCCGGGAGGGCGUGGCGCGGGUUCGCGUUCCCCGCGGAACAAUGCGGUACAACGAGAAGGAGCUGCAGGCGCUGUCCCGGCAGCCGGCCGAGAUGGCGGCCGAGCUGGGCAUGAGGGGCCCCAAGAAGGGCAGUGUGCUGAAGCGGCGGCUGGUGAAGCUCGUGGUGAAUUUCCUCUUCUACUUCCGGACAGACGAGGCCGAGCCCGUCGGAGCCCUGCUGCUGGAGCGCUGCAGAGUCACCCGGGAAGAGCCCGGCACCUUCUCCAUCAGCUUCAUCGAGGACCCCGAGAGAAAGUAUCACUUUGAGUGCAGCAGCGAGGAGCAGUGUCAGGAGUGGAUGGAGGCUCUCCGUCGGGCCAGCUACGAGUUCAUGCGGAGAAGCCUCAUUUUCUACAGGAACGAAAUCCGGAAGGUGACAGGCAAGGACCCCCUGGAGCAGUUCGGCAUAUCCGAGGAGGCCAGGUUCCAGCUGAGUGGCUUGCAGGCAUGAGUGCAGGGCAUGGUGGUUGGCGUGCAGCUGGGUGGGACUGGCCUUUGCCCAGCCCUGAGUUGCUUGGCCAUGCCUGGAUUUUUUUUUUUUUUUUUUUUUUUUUUUUUUUUUUUGUGUGUUUUUUUUUUUUUUUUUUUUUUUUUUUGAGUCAGGGCCUCACUGUUGCCCAGGCUAGCAUGCAGUGGUGCCAUAGCUCACCAUGACCUUGACCUGGGCUCAAAUGAUCCUGUUGCCUCAGCUUCCCAAGUAGGCUGGGACCACAGGCACGAGCCCCCACACCCAGCCCUCACACCUGGAUUUUCAGCGGGAGGUUUUUGGUUUGGAGACAUCCAAAGCUUGAAGCCGGUGGGUGUGGGCAGGCGCUGCGUUUUGUGAAACUGCCCAGCAAGCCGCCCUCCUCAGGGCCCCAGGACCCACCCGACUGGCCUGGCACCUGGUGCUACGUGCUGCUGCCGGGAUGUGCGCCCUCCCACGAUUCCCCGCCUGAGUUUUGUGCAUCCAGGGUCUGGUGGGCACCCGGGCUGUGUGGCCCUUCCGCCCUGCACAGAAUGAAUGUACAGGGCCAGAAAAAGCUGUGAAUGGAGUGGGGGCCGAGUCCCCCCACCAGCUGUGAAUUCUGCAGACAGGAGCCCCGGCUGUGGGCCUGGGGAACUGCUUGUCCUGUUCAAAUAAAGGUACCUCUUUUUCACAGUG